AUGCCUCCCUUGUCCGAGAUCUUCACGAAGCUUCUCAGAAAGGCCAUGGCGGCAGGCAAGGUGCCUCUAGACUGGCUGCACCACCCUCUCUCCCCCGUGCUGCCCGCGCUGGUGAUCAUAGCGGGGGCCAUCUGGCUGCUGGGGCCGCUGGUGCGGCUGUGCAGGAAGGUGAUUAAAAAGAGCGACGCAAAUUGGGAGGAAUCGCGGUCUCGCCACGUGAUGGUGUCGUAUGUGCGCCCGCUCAUCCUCUGGGGCUGCGUGCUCGUGCUUUGUGGCUGCUUCCAGCCGUUCAGCAUGCCCACGGAGGCGGGGCAGCUUAUCAAGGACCGCUUUGUCAACUUCCUGCGAUCGCUCUCCACCGUGCUCGUCUUUGCCUUCUGCACCGCCAACCUAACUCGGCAGAUACAGAAGAUGAUGGAGAAGCAGAGCAACAAGGAGGAGACACGAAACGUGGGAGUGCAGUUUGUGGGCAACACUGUCUACACGCUCGUGUGGGUGGCAGCAGUCUUUCUCUUCAUGGAGCUGCUGGGCUUCUCCACUCAGAAGUGGAUCACCGCGGGAGGCCUGGGGACAGUUGUGGUUACACUGGCGGCCAGAGAGAUCGUGACCAACUUCCUCUCGUCCAUCAUGAUCCAUGCCGCGCGCCCCUUCAUGGUCAACGAGUGGAUCGUGUGUCGCAUCGACGGCCAGGAAAUCUCCGGAACUGUGGAGCACGUGGGGUGGUGGGAACCAACACUGGUCCGCGGUGACGACAGGGAGGCGAUUCACAUUCCGAAUCACAAGUUCAGCGUGAUUGUCAUCCGCAACAUGAGCACGCGCAACCACUGGCGCAUCAAGAUCUACUUCGGGGUCUGCCAUCUCGACGUCAACAAGAUGCCGGACAUCUUGGUUGCGAUGCGCAAGUUCAUAGGCAAACACCCCAUGCUGGAGCAGCGCCAUCUGCACCGGCGUGUGUUUGUGGAGCGCAUUGAUGAGCAGCUGCAGGCCAUCAUGAUCAUGUGCUCGUGCUUCGUCAAGACGCCCUAUUUCGAGGAGUACCUGCGAGUGAAGGAGAACGUGGUGCUGGAGAUGUACAAGAUCAUACUGGACCACGGGGCACGCCUGGCCACCCCCAUCCGCUCGGUGCAGAGGCUAUAUGACGAGGGCGAAGUGGCGCGGGGGGGCUAUAGCGAUGAGGAUGAAUAUGACGAUGAGGAGGAGGAGGAUUAUGAGGACGAGGACGAGGAGAUGCGCCCCCCCGCGCUGCUCGUCGCUGCUGGGCUGGGUGUGGGAGGUGCGGGGUCGGUUGGGGGAGCAGGCGGGGGCGGGGGCGGGGGGGGUGGAGGUGGGGGUGCGGGAGGGGGUGUGGGAGGAGGGGGACGAGGGGGGGGCGGAGGAGGAGCAACAGGGGGAGGAGGGGUUGGUGGGGCUGCAAGGGCGCCAGAAAACGGGGCGAGAGUAGGGACAGGGGCAGGGGGUGGGGGAGGAGUGCUCGUAGGGGCUGGGAAUGGUGCAGGGACAGGUGUGGGGGCAGGAGUGGGGGCAGCAGCACCGGCAGCAGCAGCAGCAGCAGCAGCAGCAGCAGCAGCAGCAGCAGGGGCAGCAGCAGCAGGGGCAGCAGGGCAGGGAGGAGGGGAGUUGAAUGGGCAUGCAAGCCUGGGGCCUAAUGGCGGUGCAAGCAGAAGCGCAAGUGGGAAUGGUGUGGCGGGUGCAGGCGAGGGAGGCGCUGCUAAUGGAGCAAUCCACGUCACCUCCCGUGCAGCAAUCCACGUCACCUCCUGUGCAGCAAUCCACGUCACCUCCCAUGCAGCAAUCCACGUCACCUCCCGUGCAGCAAUCCACGUCAUCACCCACACAACCCUUCAUCGCUCCUCCCUCUCCUCCCGGCCCCCCAUCAGCCCCUCUUCCUGUCUCAUCCUCAUCACGCCCCCCCUCCCCUCCCCGGUCACCUCCCCCCCUUCUUCCGGCCCCUCAUCAGCCCCUCCCCCUGUUCCUCCCUCAUCACGCCCUCCUUCCCCGUCCCGGUCACCUCCCCCUCCUUCUCCCGGCCCUUCAUCAGCCCCUCCCCCUGUCUCGCGCUCAUCACGCCCUCCCUCCCCACCGCGCUCACCUCCUUCUCCUGCCUCCCCAUCAGUCCCUCUCGCCUCCCCAUCAGUCCCUCUCGCCUCCCCAUCAGUCCCCAGCACCUUCCCUUCUCCUGGCCCCACUGCUUCCACUCAGGAAAGACCCCCUGCCAAUCCUGCCCCCUCUUCUCCCCACCCCCCCUCUGCUCCUUAUGCUCCCGCCCCUCCUCAGCCCCCCUCCGCUGCUCCCCAGAAGCCCCCUGCAAAGCCUGCUCCUGCUGCUGCGGUCCCCCCUCCGCCCUCUUCAAGCUCUCCUUCCUCGCCUGCUCCUCCCCCCUCAGCUGCCCCGAUAACCUCCCCCGGUCCCCUGGCGUCCCCCUCUCUCUCCACCACUGCAGGUGCUGGCCCGCUAACCAGUGGCCCUGCUAUCAGGCAAGCAGCAGGGUCGCCUCCUCCUAUUGCCCCACCCGCCACUGCCGCACCCACCGGUGCCCCACCCACUGCUGCUGCACCCAGCACAGUCCCACUCACUAAUGCUCCACCCACUAAUGCGCCACCCACCACUGCUGCAUCCAGUACUGUCCCACCCUCCGCUGUUCCACCCACCACAGCCACUCGCCCUGCAAGGGGUCCUUCAGGGGCAGGAGUGGCGAUGAGAGUGGAGGUAGCACCUGUGCCUGUCUUUGCUGCUGAUGUCAUUUCAGCUGCAGCAAAUACACAGCCUGCUGGGACUAGUGAUAGCGGGGAUGGUGGUGAUAGGGGUGGUGGGAGUGGUGGGGGUGGUGGGAAUAAUGCCACCAGCACAGCAGGCAUGGGUGCUUCUGAGUUGGCAUCAGCAGGCGAAGCAAGGAGCAUCGGUGGCCAAGUGUUGGCAUCAGGAGAGGCAGUGAUGCGAGGGGGUGCAGGGGAGACUGGACCACCGCUACUGGGAGCAGCAGCAGCUGCGAUGAUGAGUGAGGGUGUUAAGCCUUCAACAGUAGCAGCAACAAGCUUCUCGAGCUCAGAUUCAGAUAUAGCUUCGGGGACCGUGAAGGGCGCGGAGAGAGAAACUCCUGGUGCGACCAAUGCCACAAGUGCUCUCGGUGCUUCAGGUGUUACGGAUGUUGGAGGUAGCAAUGGUGGUGGUAUGGAAUUUGGAACAGUAGAGCAGAGUCAGGAGGUAAAAAUGGCGGAGUCCCAUGUCGAAAAUGAGCCGCAGCUUGCGCCGCAUGCGACGGCGACCAUUACAAGCAGCACCUCGAAUAUACAGGACAUUCGCAAGAGGUACCGCAUCGGCAGGAAGAUCGGUACAGGUCGGUUCGGAACGGUCCACGAGGCUGUUGAUAGGCAGACAGGUGUCCACGUGGCAGUGAAGACGAUCCCUAAGGACAAAUACAAAUGCGCCGCGUUGUCGAUCUUCCGCAAGAAGGACAAGGCGGAGGCGGAAUCCACCCUCCGCCUGCUCCGCGGCGAGGCGGAAAUAAGCCAGGCGAUUGGCGGAAGGCAGGGGGAAGCGCAGGUGGAAGGGCAGGCAGAAGGGCGGUCGAAUGUGGUGGAGGUGCUAUCCGUGAUAGAGGGGCGGCGCCACAUGUACAUUGUCAUGGAGCUCUGCCGCGGCGGCUCGCUCGCUAGUUACCUCGAGAAGCGGCGGCGCGGCGAGGUCACGGGCCUCGCACCUGCUGCCCCGAGCGCGAUCGAAUCGUCUGCCGUGGAUCGCGGCCUCGCGGGGAACGCAGGAGGGAAGCUAUUGGCGCACGAGCAGGGCGCAGAGUCGGAGGGGGAGGCGGAAGCGGAGUCUUUUGCCCACCGCCUCCGCCAAUUGAGUUCCGACGAUCUCUCCUCAUCUUGCGCCGCGUCUGACGCGGGAAGGGAGAUCGAUGACGAUCACGACGCGAGGACCGCGGAGAGUCGCACGAUCUCCCACGCUACAUCCUCCAAUUAUUCCGCCCUGGAGUUCCUCGAGCGCGGCGCGUUCGGCGCGGCACGACGACAGCAGCAGGAGAGGGAGGACGAGGCAGCGUGGGUGGCAUACGAGCUCGCGUCGGCCGUGGCGUACCUCCACUCGCAAGGCGUCAUCCAUCGCGACAUCAAACCCGAAAACGUGCUCAUCUCGCUGCCGCCCGUUUCCUCCUCCGCUGCUUCAGCCGCAGCAGUCCCUUCAGCUGCUACAGCUGAUACAAUUGCUACAGGCGGCAGCGCUGCUACAGACGCGCGCGAUCAUCGCGAUUCCCAGCGUCGCUCCCGUCACCGAGCCAGCUUGAGCAGAGACGGCGGGGUUUCGCUGAAGAAGCGCGUGGCGCUCGUUAGUGUCACGAGCACGCUGCAGCGGUCCGCGUCGCGUAGAAUCACCCCUGUUGCAAGCAACCCCUCGUUAGACGAGCUCUCAGGAGAAGAGGAGCACCAGAAGGAGCAUCGGCAGCAGCAGCCGCAGCCGCAACAACAGGUGCAGCGUCAGCGGCUGGUUCUAGCUGAUUUCGGAUUGGCCGAGAGGGUCAAGGAGGAUGGCACAGUACGACGCGGAAUGGUGGGCAGCCCUGCUUACAUCUCCCCCGAGGUCGCUGGAGGGCUGACUACUGGUUACCCCUCGGAUAUCUGGGGUAUUGGCAUCUGCCUCUUCCUGACCCUUUCCGGCGGGCAGUUACCCUUUUCUGGCCGCGACACGAGGGCGCUUAUGAGAAACAUCCGGAGGGUGGCGCUGCCAAUGGGAACGGCGGCAUGGAUGGGUGUGUCUAGUGAAGCCAAGGCGGUGGUGAGGCAGCUGCUGGCAGCAAAGCCAAGCGACAGGCCGUCUGCAAGGGAGAUCAUGGAGCUGCCGUGGGUGGUAGAGGGGAGGAACAGGUGGGUGCAGAGGCACUGUGGGCAAUAG